AUGGUUUCAUCAUCAAAUACUUCAUCAUCAGCCACGCUGCCCGGCGAUGCCAACCGGGACGACGACGACGUCGCCCGGGAGUUCGCCCCCAUCAGGUCCAUCACCUCGCGAGUCCACCGCUCCAUGUCCGCCGCCUCGCAGCGGCUGUCCCGCGAGGUCUCGCACAAGGAGGCCCGCGACCCGGAGCUGGACAUCGAGCUGCCGUACCGCACGCUGAGCGCGACGGCCAACCUGGACGAGUACCGCGUCGAGGUGCCGGCGGGCUCCAUCCCGGGCCCCGUCGAACCCGAGGCCGUGGCGCGCAAGUCCGGGCAGCUGGCCGGCGAGCGCAGGUACAAGCUCGUCACCUUCACCCCCAACGACCCGGAGAACCCCAAGAACUGGUCCAAGGCGUACAAGUGGUGGUGCACCAUGGUUGUGGCGCUGACCUGCUUCGUCGUCGCCCUUGCCUCGUCCGUCAUUACGGCUGAUAUCGGCGGUGUUGUCGAGGACUUGCAUGUCAGCGAGGAGGUUGCCCUCCUGAGCAUCUCCGUCUUCGUCGUUGGCUUUGGUGUUGGUCCUAUGAUUUUUGCGCCCCUGUCUGAGAUUUACGGCCGUCGAGUUAUCUAUGGCUCGACCUUACUCAUCGCCGUCAUCUUCAUCAUCCCCUGCGCCGUGGCCAAGAACAUCGAGACGCUGCUCAUCUGCCGUGCCAUUGACGGAAUUGCAUUCUCGGCGCCCAUGACUCUCGUUGGAGGCACUCUUGCCGAUCUCUGGAGAAACGAGGAGCGAGGUGUUCCCAUGGCCGCUUUCUCUGCCGCGCCCUUCAUCGGCCCUGCCAUUGGCCCUCUUAUCGGUGGUUUCCUCUCCGACGCCACCAACUGGCGCUGGCUAUACUGGAUCCAGAUCAUCUUCGCCGGUAUCGUCUGGAUCCUCAUCACCUUCACCGUCCCCGAGACCUAUACUCCCACCAUCCUCGCCCGCCGCGCCGCCAAGCUCCGUAAGACAACCGGCGAGGCCGACCACGUCACGGAGCAGGAGCUCGACAUGCGGCCCUUCUCGGAGCGUCUUCUCAUCUUCCUCAUCCGCCCGUUCCAGCUCCUCUUCGGCGAGCUCAUCGUCUUUCUCAUCUCCGUGUACAUGAGUGUCCUGUAUGGUCUCCUGUACAUGUUCUUCGUUGCCUUCCCUAUCAUCUACCAGAAGGGCAAGGGCUACUCUGCCAGCAAGACUGGUCUGAUGUUUAUUCCUGUGGCUGUGGGCGUUCUCCUUUCCGCGGCCUGUGCCCCCCUCGUCAACAAGCACUACGUCAAGAUGGUCAACCAGCACAACGGUCACCCACCCGCUGAGGUCCGUCUGAUCCCCAUGAUGAUUUCUUGCUGGUGCAUCCCCAUCGGUCUGUUCAUCUUCGCGUGGACUUCGUACGCAGAUCUUUCGUGGGCCGGCCCCGCCAUGGGCGGCUUUCCUGUCGGCUUCGGCUUCAUUUUCCUCUACAACUCGGCCAACAACUACCUCGUCGACUCGUACCAGCACCAGGCUGCCUCUGCCUUGGCCGCCAAGACUUGCAUUCGAAGCUUCUGGGGUGCCGCCGUCGUGCUCUUCACUGAACAGAUGUACGAGCGGCUCAACGAUCAGUGGGCAUCUACGCUCUUGGCCUUCAUCAGUCUCGCGUGCUGCGCAAUCCCCUUCUUGUUCUGGAAGUACGGCGCCAAGAUCCGUGAGCGCAGCAAGUACGCGUACGCUGGAGAUGAGGAAGACUCCAGCGUCGAUGAUAUUGAGAAGGCUAAGGGUCGGGGAGUCACUCCCGGUGGCGCCUUGGUCAGGAACGACUCUGAGAAUGAUGAGGAUUUGCGACGAGCCAGGAGCUACGUGAGCAACCCCUAA